AUGGAAAGUCCCGGAAUCUACGGGCUUUACCCAUUGUUUUUUUAUGGAAACUCCAAUGCGGAUGGGGUGUGUUACAGGGUUGCUCCUGGGUCUAUCUCCAAAAGUUAUUUGAACGCGUUAUUUGCACCACAACUGGGACCAAAUUCUGUGGACGCUGGAAUCUUACGCUUCGAAACCACAGGUCCACCCAACGAAACACACCGUGGACUUUUGACAACUGACGCAGAAGUAACAUGGUUCAAAUCAUGCUUCCAGUGGGCUCGAACAGCUUCGAUCAGGGUUGAAAGGGCUGGAAAUCCCAAAGUAGACCAAAAAAAAAUUGAGGAGAACAGCUCUCAAGGACUAGUUUCCAUUCCAGCAGAACAAAUUCAGACGCUGAUCGACUCCAUUCAAAAGCUAGAGAUUUCUCUGGCGAAUAAACAAGAAACUGCUUCUCACGCUGAAGAUCACCAUUUGCCCUCCCAAUGUGACACAUUGCACGAGGAAGUGGUUUGUGAUGGGUGCUUUCCUGAACCUUUGCAGGGAUCCAACACCACAUCUCCCUCUUGUAACGAGUCCGGCUUCAUCAAGGGCCCAAGAUACAAGUGCGUUUAUUGCUACAAUUUUGAUCUGUGCUCGACGUGUGUGGCGAGGGGCGUCGAAAUUGGAACUCAUAAGAAGUAUCACAAUAUGAUCCAAAUCAACAGUCCUGAUCCCGACCUGAACAAGCUUUGCUCGGCUUUAAACAAUACGACCAAAACGAAGCCAUGGUCAGAGCCCGAGAUAUACAAAAACAGCAAGUUUUCGGUUUCUAACACCGACAGGGACGUUAUCAUCGAUAUUCCUGAACGCAAUGCGGCAGUUUUCAACUAUUUCUCCAAAGUAGAGACAGAAAGUGAGCUGGUCGAAUUGAUCCAGAACCAUGAGAACUAUCAGGAGCUCUUGCACAAAGUUGGUGGUGAUAAAAGCAAGUUGGAUGAUGCCAUCGACCAGUUUCUCGAACCCAAGUACAGUGACGCUUCGUCCGGUUCGCUGGAUGCUUCAGUGGCUACCGCGCGUGAGGAUGACAAUCUGAUCGUAGUCGAGGUAAGCAAACGUGAGCAUGUUAUCUCGUUCCGGCUGUGGAAUAAGGGGCCCGAUUCGGUGCCCAGUGGGUUAAAACUGGUGUUCCGGUGUUUUGAGCCCCCCAGCACUGUUCCCAUCAAGUGCACUUUGCACAUGGGCCCUCAUGAGUUCCAAAUGGGCCAUUACAAGACCCUGAACUUUAAUUGCCGUGGUAUGAUCGACCACUUCCUGAUGCAAAACACAUACCAGGUCGACUUAGUCGACCAUGAAGACCAGGUGGUGUACACGGGUUGCUCGCAGGGCGAGCCCACCAUUUGCUUGAGACCGCUGGUGCUGAUGGGAAUCCAAGAGUCUGUGUAUGCCGAGGCACGCGAGGAUGACACAAGUCUGGUGACUACUGUACAUGACGACAGUGACGACCACGAUAUCAUCAGCAACACAGUCAGUAACGACGAGAAUGCGAAAUACUAUUCCGAUUUGGAGGAAUACGAUUUUCUCAGUGACAGCGACAUUUAG